AUUUUUACGAGGAUUUUUAUGUACCCAUCAUAUCACGAUAAUUAUCAGCACUACUGGACUUACUGGUAUCAUUAAACCAUCAUGGAUCAUCAACAGACUUCAGAAUCAUCGCAGCCCAGCAAGCGUAUUUACAUUGGAAAUCUGCCGUACGCAGCACAGGCCGAAGAUGUGGAACAAUAUCUAGAGGAAGCCGGAUUCCAGAUUGAGCGUCUGGACAUGUCGACCGAUCCUUUUACGGGAAGAAAUCCAUCAUACUGUUUCGCGGAAUUGUUUUCGGUAGAGGAGGCUGAGAGAGCUAUUACUUCGCUUCCUGGUGCUAGCUUCAUGGGUCGCCCACUCAGAGUCAACGUGCAUACUCCCAAGACCCGCGGAGCAAACGGCACAAACACUCCUCUUCGUCCCUCUACUAGAUCGCCCUUCUCUGCUGAACGUACUUGGCGAGGCCAAUCUUCAGCUGAGGGUGCUGAAACCCCUUCCAAAACUGGCGAACGUGAUUCGUAUGCUUUCAACCGCUGGGAGCGCAACGACGCUGCUGCUCAAUGGACUGCACCUGUGGAGACUGGUCGCAGACUCUAUGUCGGUGGUCUGCCCCGAAUUGAUGGUCAGGAGGUUAUCAAUGAGGAGAUGAAGGCGUUGUUCAAUGGUUACGCAGUCGAGGCUGUCAGCAAACUGAUUUCACCCCACGAGUCCACCGCAAGCCUGCCCGGCGAUCAUCACUACUGCUUUGUCGACUUUGCCACUACUGAAGAUGCUCAAGCCGCUGCCAACGCAGUAAACGGAGCCACCACGACUACUGGCAGCAAACUCAAGGUUAACAUGGCUAGAGAGAGGUCCACCAGAGAGAGAAAGGUCGUUAGAGAGCAGAACCUGACAGAGAGAGCCGAGAAGACCGAGAAGCCCGCACCAGUCAGAGACUUCGGAUCAAGCUGGCGUAGAGCCAACUAGGAGCCCACAGUCACUCGGAAACGUCCCCUUCGGAGACCAUGCAAGAAGGUGGACACGAGUUGGAUCAAAUGGUUGCGUUGAACACAAGCAGCAGCAGCAGCAGAAAAAGGUGCUUGGUUUCGUUCUUUGUCGUUUUCAUCACAUCCCUGCAUCGAUACCCCCAUUGCAAGCCACGAGGCUUUGGUUCACAUUUCGUUGAUUUCUGGAGAAAGCAGUUUGUAUGAUUAGAAGAGAAUAUUGAACGCUCUUUUCAGUUCCACCAA